UUAUAUCAAGAGGACGUGGAUGGUAGCUUCGAGUAACAUUCAUCAGUGCGGCGAAAUGGUUUUCUUCAAGUUUUUCGAGAAAUAUCCCUCGUACAUUAUUCAGUUUCCGAAGUUUAAGGAUUCGUCGUUGGUGCAGCUGAAAAACAGUCCCGCCUUUCGCAAUCACGGAUAUUUGAUCAUGUGUCAGAUCGGAGACUCAGUCAAACAUUUAGGAACUCCCGAAGGAUGGGAACACGUUCGAGAAUCGUGGCAUGCUCACGGAAACAUGCACAUCCCAUUGAGAGUCAAAAAAGUUCAAUUCAUGCAAUUUCGUGACGUCGUCGUCGACCAAAUUCUGGCAAUCAGCAGUAUGUCGCACGUUGACGAAGUGAAAAAAGCUUGGAUGGUUUUCUUCAAUGCCAUUUUCGGAUUUUCCUUUGAGAAAAGUGGCGCACAGUAAAUGUUUCCUUACGCGAUAUCAUGCGUAGUUGAGCACGUGUCUGUAGCUAGAUGUCGAUUU